CGAGGGAACAACAGAUUGCAAGGUGGGGGUAUGAUGCCUCCACCAGGUUCUCAGAGCUCACAGAACAACACUCUGAUGAGGGCUGGGUCGUCACAACCACAGAUCACGACAAUGCUACCAGCUGUUCCUACACCGUAUAAGGGUUGGCACCUCUACAUGAAUGAAGGUUAUAGUGAUGGUUCAGAGACCGUGACAUUUGUUCAGGCUUUUGAGGAGUAUUUCUCAAGGCUACGACCAUCGCUCCAGCGGUCAGAGAUUGAGGACCGACGAGCCUUCCACGUUAAUUUGAAGGUCCUUUUGGAGGAUGAACCAGUAAAGGAAAAGAUCCAGGAACUCUCUGACCUGGUGCUGAACAGUCCUCAGAGGAUCAUUUCGUGCCUAGGCCUGGCACUGCAUCAGCUCAUGACUAAAGAAGUAGAGGCAGAACUGCGAGAGGAAGCAGCAGAGGUGUUGGCUGCUGGAGGCGAGAGCGUUGACGAAGCUGCCCUGAAGGCGUUAGUUCCAGAAGCAGACUUGCCUCUCAUCCAUGCCAGGCUCGUCAACCAUUCCAAACUCACUCCGCUGAAAGUGCUGAAAGCGAACUACUACGGUAAACUUGUCAGCAUUAAAGGGACUGUGGUACGUGUUGGUAGCAUCAAACCCUUGUGUACCAGACUAGCUUUCACAUGCCUUGGAUGUAGCACAGUACAUGGAGUUACCCAGACUGAGGGCCGCUAUACUGUACCCUCAUUGUGUCCUGUGCAGAACUGUAGGUCUCGGUCUUUUGUACCAGACCGUUCGCACAAGUUGACACACACAGUUGAUUGGCAGAGUUUCAGGUUGCAAGAGAUUAUCAGCGAUGAUCAGAGGGAAGGAGGACGAGUUCCACGGACUGUAGAGUGUGAAGUGAGGGAAGACCUGGUUGACUCUUGUGUUCCUGGGGACAUGAUCACCAUAACAGGAAUUGUCAAGGUUAGUCAAAGCCAAGAAGGGAAGGGAAACAAAGGAGAUAAAUGCAUGUUCAUGUUAUACAUUGAUGCCUCAUCUGUAACAAACUGUAAAUCAGGUGAUGAUGCUGCAUCAGCUGUUGGGAUUGAGUUCAGCAUCAAGGACUAUUAUGCUAUACAGGAAAUUCAAGCAGAGCUCCAGCUCUUCAAACUUCUAGUUGGAUCUCUUUGCCCGGCAAUAUAUGGGCACGAACUUGUCAAAGCUGGUCUCUUACUCUGCCUUUUUGGAGGAUGCUCUAAGACGGGGGGUGACCGUGUUCCAGUGAGAGGGGACCCACAUAUUCUUGUGGUGGGAGAUCCUGGUCUUGGAAAGAGUCAGAUGUUGCAGGCCUGUUCAAAUGUGGCUCCAAGAGGUGUGUAUGUGUGUGGAAAUACCACCACAACAUCGGGCUUGACUGUAACCCUGAGUCGUGAAGGUGGGACAGGUGAUUAUGCUCUAGAAGGUGGAGCUCUUGUAAUGGCUGACCAAGGAGUAUGCUGUAUUGAUGAAUUUGAUAAGAUGACAAACCAACACCAGGCACUUUUAGAAGCAAUGGAGCAGCAGAGCAUAAGUAUUGCCAAGGCCGGUAUUGUAUGUUCCCUUCCGGCCAGGACAUCUAUUCUUGCUGCCGCCAACCCCAUUGGUGGCCAUUACAACAAGGCCAAGACAGUGUCAGAGAACCUCAAGAUGAACAGUGCAUUGCUGUCAAGGUUUGACUUGGUCUUCAUCCUUCUUGAUAAGCCUGAUGAGGAACUUGACUGCCUGUUAUCCGAGCACGUGAUGGCCCUGCACAGUCGACUGGGCAAGCAGGCCAACGAUCUCCUUGAGGGUGGUCGAGUGAGAAAGCAGGAUCUUUUAGAUUCUUCGAGCAUCAUUGACUCCGAGCAGCCUUUGAGUGAAAGACUCAAGCAUAGAAGUAGUGAGCCAUUUGAACCCAUUCCUCACCACCUCCUACGCAAGUACAUUUGUUAUGCAAGAAAGUAUGUUCACCCGAAAAUAACAAAAGGUGCGGCAAAAAUUAUCCAGCAAUUCUAUCUGGACCUCCGACAGCGACAUCAGAAUGCCAACUCAACACCCAUUACUACAAGACAGCUUGAGUCAUUGAUAAGGCUAACAGAGGCAAGAGCUAGGUGUGAGCUGCGGGAAGAGGCCACCGAGGAUGAUGCCAGAGACGUGGUAGAGGUCAUGCGUUUCUCUAUGAUGGACACGUUCAGUGAUGAGUUUGGUCUCCUGGACUUCAAGAGGUCGCAGCAUGGUUCAGGAUCAAGCAAUAGAUCACAGAUGAAGAAAUUUGUUGCAGUCCUACAACGCAUGUCUGAAAAAACCUACAAGUCCAUAUUUACUAUUGAUGAGAUGAAACAACUUGUAAAGCAAGCUAACAUUAAAGUGAGGGAUAUAAAUGACCUUAUUGCAAGCUUGAAUCAUCAAGGAUACUUGUUAAAGAAAGGUAGCAGGGUGUAUCAGCUACUUACAGCUGACUGCUAGCAAGAUUUUCAGAUAUUAAAGUAUCUUUUGUUAUUGAAAUGUAUUCUUUCAGUUGCACAUACUUUUUUGUAAAUAGUAAUGGUUGUAUGUUUAUAAUGAAAUUGAUAAUGAUGGCCAUUGCAGUAACUUAGUAUAUUAUCAUUACAUUGAUUACAAACUUUUCUUAUGCAUCAUUUUAGCUUUGCAGUAAUGUUACAACUUUCAGACAUAUUACUGUAAAUUAGUGUCAUGAUAUUUGAAUACUGAAGUUCAGUGAUAUCACAGCAUCAAAAUACAGAAUCUUGUGUAAUACAGUUUUAAUAUUUGUCAUUUACUACCUGCUCUGUGGAGACACUUUGUAUAAAAUACACAACCCUUUUCUGUUAUUAGAUAUCUUUCCUCUAAAUAUAAAUAUUCAAGCAUAUGUUUUUUGACAGCCAUGUAAGGAAACGAACUUCACAAAGAAAAUAAAUAUUUGUCAUUUUAUUUGGUGUCAUAUGUUUACAAAUAUACAUUCACAAAAGGGAAUAAGUUAUUUGUAUAUAUACAAAAUUUUUACAAUGAACUGACACAUUUCUGAGGCUCAUUAGAACUGCAUCAUUCCUGAAGAUCCCAUGAACUCCUUGUGUCUAUGACGUGUUUAUUUCACAAUAAAAUAAUAAUACUAGCUAAAUAACCUGUAUAUCUGCUAGCAUUCGUAGGCUUUCCGAGCCUGAGUUCUGAAGCUUUGCACUAGGAUAAAUCAUUACUUUAAUGGCAAAUCCCCAAUACUAGUCUGUGUACUUUCAACAUAUUUAACUUUACGCCAUGUUCACACAUAAAGCUAAUCAGUAUCAGGAAUGACUGCACCAAAGUAUUUAUGAAUCCUCAUGUAAGGCUGUAUUUUGGCCUAAGUUACAUUGUGGUUAUGACUAUCAUGUAUUGGAAUGGAAAGAUAUGACAAGUUGCUCCAAAGAUUGAAAAAACUGGUAAGCAUAAAGCGCAGACAUUUCAUGUGGUGUAAACUUUAGCUAUGAUUGAAGCCUGAUAAGGAUCACAUCAUCUGCAAAAAAGGCGAGUGACACUUGCCAAGUUUCAAAGAA